AUAUCAUGAUUGGAACGUGAAGAGAGGCCCGAGGAAGAAGAAGGUAUGUGGACAGGUAAAUGUGCGCAAUGUCGCGGCGGAGGCGGCGGAGCAGUUGCGGCCAGUUGUUGCUCCGUCGCUGCGGGGGCCGCACCGGUACAACAUGCAUUUCCGGUUUCCGACGAGCCACCUAUACAGAAAUCGCGAAUAGUGUGCAACACUACGAGCCCAAAACGACACAAGUUUCCAUACAAUUUGAAAUUUAGAAGGCGAGACACACUUCGAAGCCAUGGAGUGGAUCUCCGCCAUCGACAAGAGGCCAUGCGAUCGUAAUGUGAAGGACGUGGAGUUAAUCUCCACGCGACUUCGAAGGGUGGAACAGCUGUGUAAGCUCCCCAAUUCCGUUAUACAGCAGUUGGCUCUUUGCGGAUACUACGAGGAUCUAGAGAAAGGGGUGACCCGUAAGUCGUAAAUAACCUUUCGCAGAUAGAUUUAUUUUUAAUAGUUAAGGAUAUGUGUUAAAAAUAUGUUUCCCGUUGCGCCCAUCCGUUCGGGUAUUUUCUUAUACAAUACUUGCGAAUCUCGUCAAAGAGUAAGAUGAUCAUGCAAAAGGGCACCGCUGGUAUAAUGCAGGUCAGGUGGAUAGGUUCAAACUGGAAGACCUUAUUCACGUAAGGGCAAAAGACGAGCACAGUGCUUAUGCACAGAGCUACUAUUAUACCAGUGUUCAUAAUCCAAUUACCCAUGCCUAAAAUGUUUGUAAA